AUGCAGCAGCAUGCUUGCGCCGGCGGCGACGACCUAUCCCUGAAUGCGUCGGCCUUCAGUGGGCCGCUCCCGUGGGUCGGGCUCUUCGCGGCCGCCGCCUCUAGCACCUGCGCCCUGGCCAUGGCCUACGACGCCAUCUCCGCCGUCUGCCGUCUCAGACUCUGGUUCCCUUCCUCUCUCUUCUCCCUCAAUGCCACCACCAUCACCCUCCUCUCCAUCGCCAGCAAGCUACCUCUCGACCUCUCGUCUCCAAUGCCCUCGCGAUUCGACCAGCUCGCUAAGCUCAGCAGCUCCGCCCUCCUCGCAACUGCCGCCGCCAACCUGCUCCUCUCCGUCGCCUCCUUCCGCAACUUCGCCUCCGCGGCGUCCAACCUCGGCGCCCUUGCCAUCUUCUUAGUCGCUUUCGUCUCCAACGUCGCCAUCCAGAUCUCCACCGGCGUCAUCUACGCCUUCCUGCCCGAGCACUGUAUAGUCCUCGCUCUCAUCCUCGCCCUACUCCUUAUUCUCUGCUCCUCCGCCGUCGCCGUGCAAACCACCAAGCGGCUGCUCGAGAGCCAGUUCACUGACAAGCUCGACAUCAACCAAGUUCCCGACGAUGGCAACUGUUUCGACUUCAACACGCUCAGCGAGUGGGUGACGCGCUUCUGGUUGAUGGCGCACACUUCCAGCCCACAGUACGUGCUCGGCCGCUUCGCGACCAGCACGGCCUCGGGGGUCUUGGGCCUCCUUAACUGCAUCAUCCUGGUAGAGGCCACGGUCAGGUCCUUCAUUGGCAGCGUGAGCUUCUGCGGCAAAGGGACAUCGGAAUACAAGUGGUCCACCACGGUCGUCUUCUGCGUCCAAGCGGUGGCCGUGGUCGUGGGCACGAUCGCCCCGGCUGGGAGAUUGUGGAACGCCGUCCGCUUCCAAGUUCCCCACGCGAGAAGUCGGAGCUGCAUGGAUGAGCUCAAAGUAGAGAAGUACUGGACUGAAAGCCUAACGGAGUGGAAAGUAAAUCCCUCGUUGAUGAUCCGAUUCCACAGCCCGUCACGCCAAACAAGGAAGAUGAUAAUCCAUAAGUAA